AGUCACACUCAUCUAAGUCAAAAGGAAACCACGUACAAAGACCAGAAAACCCAUCAUCAUUCCAGCUCGCCUAGUCUCACUCUCAGAAAGACGAAAUCCAGUGUGACCGUAGCAGCAGCAGCUUCGGAUGGGUGCCUGAUUGGGGAAGAAAAGAAAAGGAGAAGAAGCACACAGAAAUCCAUAGCAUAUAUAAAUGGUCUCAGUUAUUACGCUCCUCCCUUCUCCGCGUUUUCCACCUCAGUCCUAGCUAGCAGCUCCGUUUACUCAUCCGUCACCCCCUUCCCCUCCAUUCUCCAUCCCUUCCCCAAGAAGCCGAGAGCGAGAGGCGCAAUGGGCGACCGGGCGUACGCGCCGGCCGUGAAGCCGGUUCCCGUGCGGGCCACCAACGGCACCGCGAACGGCGGCGGCGUGGGGCCUCCGCGGCCCGCGCCGCCGUCCAUGGUGCCCGGCGGGCGCGUGCCCCCUCCGCCGAUGUACAGGCGGAGGCCCGCGCAGUCGCGUCCUCCGGCGCGGCGUGCCGGGCGGAGCGCCCGCGGGUGGUGCUGCGCGUGCUGCCUGUGGCUGACGCUGGUGCUGGUGGGGCUGGCGUUCCUGGGCGCCAUCGCGGCGGGGGUGUUCUACGUGGUGUACCGGCCGCGGCCGCCCAGCUUCGCGGUGACGUCGGUGCGGCUGGCGGCGCUGAACGUGUCGGACUCGGACGCGCUCACCUCCCGCGUGGAGUUCACGGUGACGGCGCGGAACCCGAACGACAAGAUCGCCUUCGACUACGGCGACAUGGCGGUGUCCUUCGCCUCGGGCGGCGCGGACGUGGGCGACGCCGUGGUCCCGGGGUUCCUCCACCCGGCGGGCAACACGACGGUCAUCCGCGCCGCCGCGUCCACCGCCGCGUCCACCAUCGACCCCGUCCAGGCGGCGGCGCUCAGAUCCAGGAAGUCCCACGUGAUGUCGGCGCAGAUGGACGCCAAGGUCGGGUUCCAGAUCGGGCGGUCCAAGUCCAAGAGCAUCAACGUCCGCGUCAGCUGCGCGGGGGUCUCCGUUGGGCUCGCCAAGCCGGCUCCGGCUCCGGCUGCGGCCGCGCCCGCGCCCGCGCCCGCGCCGGACGCGGAGCCGGCCCCGGCCCGCGGCCGUGGGCGUGGGCGGUCGCCGCGGUCGGUCGUACGGACGUCCUCCUCCUCCUCCUCCUCCGGCGGCGGUGGCGGCGGGAAGUUGACGCCGACGGACGCAAAGUGUAAGGUCCGCAUCAAGAUCUGGAUUUGGUCGUUUUGAUUUGAUGGAUGGGCGGAUUCCAUUUGGGGCUUUGGGGGGCGGCGGCGGCGGGGUAGAGAGAAAAUUUUCCUCCUAUUUUUUUUCCCCUUCUUGCUUCUUCUCUUGACAACAGUGUAUGUGGAUUUAUUGGAGUAGUCUGUAAAUGGUUUUCAUUUUCGAUACCCUUGUCCAUCAUCACAGCACAAACCUUUGUUUCCAAAAAUUCCCAAAUCCGCUACAUGGAUGGAUGGAUAACUGGCGUCAGAUCCA